GAACUUUAUCCCCUCCAAAAUACAGAGCUUCGUGCCGUUGGUGGACUGUGGAGGUGUGGAGUUGAUUUAUAAACCUAUGGGUGUUUUAGGUUAGCUUCACGAUUCAACUUUAUUGUCAUCAAAAUUUCAUACGCAGUGAUUGCUACGUCGCGGUAGGCAGAGGAAACGCAUCGUCAUUAAUUAUUUCAAAUGACAUGCAAAUGAUAUGUGCGCGCGUAUACGUAUACCUCUGCCUGUGCUUGGAGUCGUCCUGUGUGAGCAAAGACCGAGGUUGACCAAGAGUGCGUGCUACCACGCUUGAAACUUCUCGUUGAGUUCUUCGCAUCUGGCCUUCACAUCGCUAUUUUUCGUAUUAUGAAGAGACGCCAGAGGAGGCCGGUCCUGACGCUCAACAAGCCCCAAGGCAGUCAUCACGGCGAACACGCGCAAAAUAGAUGCAAGCCAGUAAAUAAUGUACAACCCACACGGGGCGAGGCCAAUAAUCCAUUGGCCAAUAUGUUGUGCCAAUACAACUCUGAUAGCGAUACAGAGGAUCCUAAAAAGGAUACGCAGAAAUUGGACGAUCAAGUCAAUGAUUUUCUUAAGGAAAUUCAACUUAUUGCCCCUGAGCAACCUAUAUCGAACGUUGCUAAUGAUCCAAGUUUAAUGACUAAAGCAGUUUCACGAUCUGAGCAUCAUACAAGUCAACAAACAUUGUGGCAAGAGUGUUAUGACGAAUCUACCGGUUAUCCUUACUAUUGGCAUAUCGAAACUAACGAAGUGACAUGGGACAUGCCAGAGGAAUUACGCUUAUUACAAAAACAAUCGGAGACAGGAUCAGGAGCGAAACAGCCUAUCCAAGGACCACAUUGGGUAGAUUUUUCGUCCAUCGCAUAUCGUCAGUCUCAGGCAAAUAUACCAGAAGGUAUGAUACCACAAGAAGUUGUAGCAAGAAACCGUAAUAGAUUUUUGCACAAUGAAACUCCUAAGAAACAUAAUUCGGAAAGUAAACCGGAAAUUACGAAUGAGUCUCCAACAAAGGAUGACGAUUCCGACGAUGGACGGAUAGAGAUGAUUACGUCUUUCGGUAGCGACGGAAGUGAUUCGGAGGACGAAAAUAAUUCCUUGGAGGAGAAGAAGAUAUCGGUGCCUGUAUCUGAGUCUAAAAAAUCCAUUUCUGCGCCGCACGCGAAAAGCGGCGAGAUUGGACCUGCUGUUUGUCCAACGGGAAUACAAUCGCCUACUCAAAAUUUGUUCCAUUUGUAUAAAUCUGACUCAACUGACAUAUCAAAUUCUACAAAUCAUCCCAAUAAACAACUUGACGAACGUAAAAUAACCGAAUCUGAGAGCAAAAAUAGUGCAGCUCAAAGCGAAAAAGAGUUCUCAACAGGGAACAAAAAUAAGAAAGAUAUUAAUGUACAUAAUACAGUUCCAAAAUUAGAUCUCAAUGUGUCCUUAGUACCUGGUUAUGGAGAUGAUUCGGAUGGAGAAGAGGAAGUUAAACCUAAGCAAGAGAUAAAACCUUUGUUUCCAAUUGUGCAGAGUGAGGAAUAUGUAAACGUAACAAACUCAUUAAAAAAUACUCAAGAUGUUUCUGCAAAAAAUUCUGGAAGUGUACAGGCUUCUGAUCAGUGUAGCGAUAGUAACGAUGAUUUGCAAGAAACGAAAAAUGAUAACGAAAAAACGGAUAAAGAAUCGAAAACGGAUGAAGAUAAAUCUAAGACAAAUAUAUUUUUAGAGGAUAUGCAAGUAUGUGGCAAGGCUUUUCAAAGAAAGAAGCGGAUAGCAUUUGAUGUUACAUCGUCUAAAAUUAAACAAAGUAAUAAUAUGUAUCAUGAAAAUAUAAUUCGAGAGGAUAAUAGCAGCGAUCUUACGAGUAGUGACACUACUUCGCGCAAUGCCGAGGACAGUGACAUGGAAGUAAAUAAUCAGUUGGGUACAGAAAGCCAGGAUUGCGAUGACUCGCAUAAGGAGGUAGACCAGUCUAUUAGUAUUAAGACUGAAGAAAAGCUUAAUUCGAAGGACGAAUCAUCUGACUCGGAAGUAUCUGCGGAACCCAAAAUAGCAUUGAGUGUUGUCAAGGAAAAGGGCAACGAAGAAAUGAAUGAUUUGUCUCAAGUUAUAACGGAGAAAUUAAAGUUUCUUUCCGAAGGGAGGGAGAAUGUCUCUGCUGUUCAAACAAUGCAAAUUCAACUACAAACAUUAUCUACUGCAUGGACAGCAGGUAGCUUAGAGGACAGUUAUUUUCAAAAGUGGCUAACUAAUACAAAUCAUGAAUUGGAAAGAUUAGAGCAAGACGCAGCACCAGCUGGUUGGCUAUGUCAAUGGGAUAGGUCACAUAAGCGGUAUUACUAUCACAAUACAUCCACUGGGACGUUACAGUGGACUUAUCCUGACACCGGUAUUGCCGGUGGUACUGAGGAGAUGGAAUUAUGCACUACUCCGCCACCAGAAUCCGAAGAGUUGUCAAUCACAGAACCACCUCAAAAAACGAAGGAGAAGCAAGCGGAGGAGAUGGAUGAUAAUAAAGCGGAUGACGAGAACAUAUCAACGGAUGGACGUCCUGCGACUUUGGAAGCACCACCUCCACCACAGAUAUCUAAUCCCAGUCCACCACCACCCCCAAGAAUAUUUGCGGAAGAUCUGAAGAAGGACAAGAAAAAAAGAGAGAGACCCGAUGAAAAAUUCUUAGACGCAAAGAGAAAGCGUUUGGGAAAAGAUAGAAUAAUGUCUCUGGAUACGCAGAUGACAGUGAAUCCUGUCUUAGAUUCUUUGUCCUACGCGCAUCCACAGGUGGCUGUGUCAUCUCAAAGUUCGAUACCUCCAAAUCACGCAAAUAUUGAACCUCUGCCACCUGGUGUGGAUUUGCCGGAUACGUCUUACGAAGCUGCUACUCUUAAAGGAAUAAUAUAUAAUGCGGCAUCACAGCCAAGUAAUGCGAUUUAUGCGCCUUCGAUUGCGGAUCCAACGAUACCUAUCCUAAGUCAUCAAGCAGGUCUUCUCCAAGAACCAUUUGUCCAUUAUCCGACUUUUCAUCAACAUUUGCAUAACCAGACAAUCGCAGUUGCGAAUAAACACAGUGGACAAAAUGCAAUUCAAUUCAUGGUAGGAUACACGCCGAUUUAUACAAACAACAAAAUCAUUGCUAAACCGCCGGUCAAAGCUUCGAAGGAAUCUUUGGGAUCUGCUCUUGAUUCCUUUUACAAUGAUAUUGCGCGUAUCGAGAAAACAGAAACCGAACGGAUAGCACAGCAAGAUGUUGUUGCCACAGUAACGGAACAAGUGUCUACCCCAAUGGAGGAAGCGAAGCCGGAAAUGGAACCGGAAACUGCACCCAAUGACACAGCAAUGAAGGAACGAAAGAAGAAAAAGACGAGGAUCAGCAACAGCAAAAAACACAAGGAGAUGUCGAGUAUGGUGGCGAAAUGGCAAAGGGUACAAAAGAAUCUAGAGAACACUGUAUAAAUAAUAUAGAAAGCUAUUUGAAUAAAAAUAAUCAAUUGCUGUACGAAAAAUGAUGUUACAUAGACUGUGUUAUUAGUACCUUUAGAUUUCAUUGUACAUAUAUAUGAACUAUGUUAUGUAUGUUGUUAAAUAUUUCUUUUAUUGUGAACUUAUUUUAAAUUUUUAUCUGUAAUUUGGUAUAUAUUUGUAUAUAUAUUUGUGUAUACACGAGUCUUGUAGCAAUAUUAUUCGUAUUAUUAAACAAUAGUACUCAUUUCUCAUGCAAUUCCUGCAUUUUACGAUUCAUUGUAUAUUUUGUGAUAACUUUUAUGCGCACCAGAAGCAAGCUAUGUAUUAUUAUUAUUAUUAUUAUUAUUAUUAUUAUUAUUAUUAUUAUUAUUAUUAUUAUUAUUAUUACUACUACUACUGUUAUUAUAGUUUGCACAUAUUUGUACAAAGUCAAAAAUAUGAUAUGAUUGCAUCUUUAUAACUCUGUUUUUCUUUCAAUAUCAAGAGAUACUACUUUAUUGAAUCAACGCAAAUUAUUUUUGCACAUGUGCUAAGCGCAAUACUUGGAUCUUUAUAGAAUGUGAAGAAUGAAAUUCUACUUUAUUGUAAACAAGAGAAAACGAAACAAAAAUAAAGAGUAUAAUAUUUCACA